AUGAUGGCAGGAAAAAAGGCGUUGCCAACUCUCCUUCCCAAUGGCGUUCCCCCACCGCAAUCUGGCCAAGCUCCACCUCCACCACACAAUGGUCCUAAGCCAGUGCUUCGUGUUAAUCGUGCCUGUAAUGCCUGCCGAAAACAGAAAAUGAGAUGCGAAGGCCCUGAUAACCCACCAUGUGCGAGAUGCCGGGCGAAUGCAACCGAAUGCAUCUUUGAAAAGGUUCCGAAAUCUGAUCCUGACUCGAAUGAGCGUUUACAGAAGCUCGAAACACAGUUUGUGACUAUGCAAGCGACGCUCAGUGAGAUACUCGCCGAGCUUAGGAAUCCGUCUCGACAUCUAGUUGACCCAAUCAACUCGGCUCUCCUCACCAGCACACCGACAUCCGCCACUCUCCUCCACGAGCUCCCAAACAACAGCCGCUCGCAGCUCACUCAACCGCCCACACCCGAACCUACCCGACCUCCCGGGCCUUAUCCAUCUCAAAUUCGACAGCAGCGUCAGUUACCAAGCCUUCACUCCGUACUUCCUCGACAUUACCAUUCCCGCUCUCCUCCAGCUUCUACCAAGGCCUUUACUCAUCGGCCAAGCUCAGUACUCAAUCACCUUUAUCCACCUUCUCACCUUCAUCCUUCACACCGCCGAUUACCAGCCCCGUCAUCCCCAUAUCGUCCAACUCUACUUUCCGGGAUAACGAGUGCAGCAAAUUCAGAUGAUGAAGGUGAUAUCCCAAGCUCUGCAUUGCUCGCCCCGAUCGGAGUGUUGAAUGACCUGGCCAGUGUGGCCGCACAAUCGAACAGUUCGAGGCAGGGUGUCAAGCGGAAAAGGGGGGAGGGCUCCAGUCCUGAAGGCAAGUCCCACUUCGGCAAAUAUACAUCCGUCGGGCUUUCUCCUCAUGGCACCCAGUCGACUCCCAGAAUGACUGCCUCAGAAGCCUCGCCUGCAGUUGAUGACGACGCAAGAUUGGGUACGCAAGACACCGGGCCCGAAGAGUUAGAAGGCCACAGUAUAUCUCAGGCAAAAUCCGAGGCGGUCGAAGACGAGAGGUCACCAGAGCGAGAGCAAGAUGCGAUUGAAAAGGGAAUUGUGAGCGAGGAAGAGGCAAUGGAAUUACAUCAGAUAUAUUUUACCGGAUGCUAUCGAGUUUUGGCUGUAUUCAACAAAUCAAUUGAUACCCUUGCUUCAAUACGAGCCCGUUCUCCCUUUCUUCUGAACUGUAUUCUCAUGACGGCGAGCAAAGCAAGAGACGGAGGCGGCCCACCAAGUCAAACCCAGAUGGCUCUUGUUCGUGAAUGCUCCUGUAUGGCCAAAGAGUACCUCUUCGGUCCUGUCAAAUCAGUUGAAAUCGUCCAAGGUUUGCUAUUAAUCGCCGGAUGGAGUCAUUCGACGGGUCCUAUUGGUUGGCUUGCUGCAGGCCAUGCUAUUCGAUAUGCGGUCGAGCUUGGGUUGCAUAAAGCUUUGCCUAGGCUUGCCCGUCGCCAAAACGUCCCCAGUACCGACCGCACGAGCGAUACUGAGCGUGCAUUGAUUGUUGCAGCUCGUACCUGGUGUGGACUAUAUGUCUUUGAGUACCAGAUAUCGUUUGGAACUGGUCGGCCCGCGAUGAUGAAAGGCGACAAGAGCUUGAUAAGAGCGAGAGACAUUCUUCUCAAACAUCCGCUGGCCAUACCAACUGAUGUUCGACUAGUGUCAACAUGCGAAUUGAUGACAUUGCAAAGUAAAAUACACGAUCGACUUGGUCCGUUGGAUGAACCGGUUAACGAAAAUCAAGUAAUCGAAACUCUGUCACAGAGCAUUGUUGAACUUGACGCCUGGCUGGCUGAAUGGACUAUAAUUAUGAGAGAGCUCGGACUCUCAUCUCGUGAUAUGGAAUUUUUUCACUCCUCGGCCAGAAUACAGUUGUUAUACGCCCAUCUUUUUCAUCACUGCAUCGCGCUAAGAAAUCUACAUACCAUAGCCGAUGCCAAGGCUUUGCGACCUGAGAUGAAAGCCGUAGCGCUGAGAGCAAUUGAAUAUGCUCAGUCAGCGAUACGAGUUUGUCUUGAUAAUGCAGAGUAUCGUUUUGGUUUAAGAUAUGCUAUAGCAUAUAGCCACACAUGUGCUACGUUUGCUGGGGCGUUUCUACUCCGCUUAACGCGACUUUUCCCGCAGGACUUGGAUGUACAUGCGAUGAUCGUGAUGGUUGAUCAGCUGGCACACCUACUGGAAGAGGUGCCCGCCGGUAGGUUUGCUCGCUCGCUUUUUCAAAUGAUCAAAGUCUCCCAAGCACGGCUGCAAGCUAAAAAAGAAACGACCCCUCCUUCGGAUACCCGGACUGAGGCUUUGCCUAUUGUUGAUUUUUCUUCAAGUGCGGUCAUCCAGCCUUUGGGAGGAACCGAAUACACCAACGAUUUCGGGAACUUGAUGAGUUCGAAUCUGGGACUCUAUGAACACGGAGUUCCUAACGAUAUUGCCCAUGGACUGUUGAGCGUUGAUGGGGAUUGGCCAGAAUGGAUCCAAAAUUCGAUUUACGGAGAUUUACCCGUUUCCGGAGAUCAUGCAUUCGUUGGGACUGGCCAGGGAGAUUAUAAUAUCUAUCCGCCUUACUCUUAUCUGUCUACCAAUGUGGCUGAAUCCCAAACAACACUCUUGCGCGACAACCCUGUGGUUCAGGAGGUUUAUCUGACUUCCCUGAUGGAAACUGUUCUUCCGCAUGUCUCGCAGAGCUUACUAGAAAAAGCGUACAAGAAUCUAACUACUACUCGUACUAUUCGAUUUAAUAGAAAGAAGAAAACCCCAAGAUGGUGUUUUUUGUCACAGGACCCAAGCCAGUCCAAUAUAGCGGAGGGCAAGACAUUCAAAUUUCUGGAGGAGAUUGCCGGGUCUACAACCAAAAAUUUGAAUGUUGUUGCCUCACUGGAUAUACGUCUCCUGGUAACUGGUGAAGCCACCCCACCUAGCAAUCGCCGUAACACAUCUCGCCCAGAUGGACACCUUCAUAUAGCCAAGGCGGGCAAGCAGGUGGGAUGGUCUGAUAUCAUUAUGCCCAUGGAAUUCAAGAAAUCACGUAACGAUGAUUCAACAGUUGAUGGUUUUGGCAAGGUGAUAUGGUCAAUGCAUCACAUCAUGCGCAACGAUCCUUGUCGUAGAUAUGUCUACGGACUUACCUGGGAAGAUACAAAAGCAAGGCUGUGGUUCAACAAUCGGUCAGACAUAGUUGCUUCAGAAGAAUUUGACAUCAAUACAGAUUGGAAGCAGCUUGUUCGCAUUCUUCUGUCUAUACAGGUGGCCAACUCUGGCCAACUGGGUUUUGACUUCAGCAUGACCGCGGCUCCCAACAACAACGGAGAGUCGGAACCCUCGUAUGAUAUAACAGUUCACAAUGACAAGGCAAAAACCGCCUGUGUAUACCGAACUCUCCGAGUAAUCUCUGACCUCGGAACUGACAGUUUGACGGGCCGUGGAACUCGUGUAUGGGAGGUGCGGAAACUUGUAAACGGCUUGCCUUGUGGGCCUUCAUAUGCUCUCAAAGACGUAUGGGUGUACGCAGAUCGUACCGCGGAGCACCAGCUUCUGAAUACAAUUCGCACGACACACACGGAAUACGCUCAACAUCUUCUUACACCCAUCGACCAUGGAUUUGUUCCCCAUGACUCUGCUGCAACAUCAAUUCCCGACAGUACCCAUGAGCCUCUUGGCUGCAAAAGACAGUUUGAGCCAACAAAAAUUCUCUUACGUACACGCAAGCGGUUGGGUGUAGCUUAUAUGGGCACCUCCACUGGAAGCAAAACUCAUCUUGCAAGCACUUCAAGAGAUAGCAUUGGCCUUCCAGACCCCAUUCCUCCCUCAACCACGGAGGGGCAUUGCAACCCAAUCUGCCUUAGUGAUCAUACUCGAUAUCAUUAUCGAAUCGUAUUUCAGGAGAUUGGUACACCAGUACAGGAACUUCGUGUUUUUUCAAAGGUUUUCACUGCAAUACAAGGCGGGUGGGAAGGGCUUCAUGCCAUACACCUUUCCGGGAAGGUUCAUCGUGAUGUGAGUUCAGGGAAUGUGAUGCUGGUGCCAGCUAUGGGAACGUUGGCCGAACGAGGUGUGGUGUUGGACCUUGAAUACGCCAAGGAUAUUCACGACACAAGUACCCCUCAUGAUGUGAGGACCGGCACAAGAGCGUUUAUGGCAACAGAGGAUGUGAGCGCUAGUAUUGACCUGGAUGAAUUGAUCGAGCAAUCAACACUUUGGUCUUCUAACUUGCCGAUGCGAGCACCUCCAUUUCGUCACAACCCGCUUCACGAUAUGGAGUCAUUCUGGUGGCUAUGUGUGUGGAUGAUGUUCUACUUGGUCCCCACCGGGACAACUGACCGAGAUCGGCUUGCUGACUUUCAUAGCAUAUUCCAUGACGAAAGGACAAAGCGAAAUUCUUUAUCGAUCCCCGUAUUCCGGGAGUUCACUUUGCAUCUUUCCACGGAAUUAACAUCCUUGUUGGUUACGUGGUUGGAUUUAAUGAACCAGAUAUACAAUGCGGCAUACAAGCUAAUGGACCUGAAGAAUACUAGUCAAAUCAACGAUAAAAUGAUCGAAAAGUCUUAUCAAGUCGGGAAGAGGAUAUUAGAGGAUCUCCGACAGGUUUCUGCAAAGACGGAAUCCCUGCCGAUGAUAACACUACAAGAGCAUCUUGAAGUCAAAGACCCCGAUAGAGCCAGGGCAAGAGCUACGUCAGGAGCCAGGUUAAACUCUGCCCAAGGUACGGCACGGGGCGAUUUUCGGAGAGCUGCCCCGCGCCUUGUCAUGGAUUGUGUCCUUAUGCCUCCGCGGAAGCGGCGGCACGAAUCAAUUGUUACACCUCCUUCCCAAAAACGCCGGUACGAGUCAAUUGUCCAGUCCGCAGAUGAUAAUGGUACUCAUCAUUUGCGCAGUUUCAAAUAG